AUGAGCUCUCCUUUCAACAACUACAUGCCAACUGUGUUAGCAACUUUGGUUGGGUUAAGUCCGGAUCUUGCACGCCUUUUGGCCGCAUGUAACAGAGUUCAGUACCUUCUCUGGGCCCUUCUCGGUAUUCGCCAAGUCGACAAAUGGGGUCGACGAAAUACUCUGAUCUUUGGAGCAAUGGUGCAAUGCUUUUGCUAUAUCAUUAUCACUUCACUCCUUCGGUAUAACGAGCUGCCGGGAUAUCCCAAUUCCCAGCAAGUUGCAUCCGCCUCUGUGGCAUUCUUCUUCUUGUACUACGUCUUCUUCGGAAUUGGUAUGCAGGGUAUCCCAUGGUUAUACCCUACAGAAAUCAACUCCCUCACCAUGCGAACGAAGGGUGCUGCACUUGGAGCUGCAACAAACUGGAUUUUGAAUUUUAUGGCUGUGGAAAUCACACCUAUUGGAAUUCAAAACCUAGGCUGGCGCUUCUAUAUUGUCUGGAUUGCUCUCAAUGCAGCAAUGGUGCCUGCAGUAUAUUUCUUUUAUCCGGAGACUGCAGGACGAACCCUUGAAGAUAUAGACGAGUAUUACCGGACUGAUCCCCCUCUCUUAGUCUUCCGCGACAAGGAGGCCAUCUCACGCAAGAGGCCGGAAAGAUAUAGAAUCAAGGAAGAGGAGAUCAUCCGAAAGAACGGCGUCGGUGCUACCACUGACCCUGCCAUCGAGAUGACCAAGAAAGAUGGUAGUGAGGAUAUUCAACAUCAAGAGAACGUGGGUACCUGA